GCUCAGGGCUGACAGCAUGCGGGGAGGGGUAACUGGCCCCGCCCCGCCCCCGCCAGCCUGAGGGCCAGGCGGCCACGCCGGGCAGGCCUCCCAUGGCGCCGAAGAAGGCGCCGCCCCCGCCAGAGCCGGCGCCAGCGGCCGAGGUGGAGGGGGAGGCGGAGGCGGCCCCAGAGGAGCCGCCGCCGAAGGAGCCGCCGCAAGACCCGCGCCGCGGCUCGAUCGGCCACCUGCUCAAAGACGCCUUCCAGGACCUGUACCAGCCGCCAGCAGCUGCUGGGGAGGCUCGACGCCCGUCCGAGGACGAGCAGGGUGCAGGCGGCGGCUCGGCGGCGGCAGCGCGGGCUGCGGCGGAGGCCCGCGCGGCUGAGGCGGUGGACACGAGGGCGGAGGACGAGGAGAUAGCCUCGAUCCACACGCAGCUCGAGGCCGAGCGCGCGAGGAUAGAGGCCUUCGGCGAGCAGCUCAGGUCCAAGGGGCAGGAGGCCCCCGGGUGAAGACCAUCGGAAAAUUAACCAUCGCAUGCAUCUAAAGGUUUGGAGCUCCACGCGGAUUUCUUGGAUCGGCGCUUUGCGCCCCUCGGU